AAUGUAGUAUUAUUCUUCUGGUCCUAGAGCACUGUUUGCCAAGCUAGCCGCAAGAUGAGGGGGAUACCUGUUUCGAGUCUCGUGCUGCUGAUGCUGUCUUUUCUGUGUGUACACAACGUAGAGGCACAGAGCACGAACGGAACUGUUCCAAUAGCUGCCAUCUUGAAUGACCCUGUCCCUCUGGGCCUUGAGAGUUAUGCCAUUCCAGAUUCAAGUAUGACUGCUUCCACUGAGUAUAGUGCUAACCAUGGUGCCCGGUCUGCACGAUCAAGUAAUGCCAACCAGUGGAUCCAGAUGGAUCUUUUGGACCGUUACAAAAUCAUUUCAGUUGCGACUCAAGGGCGACAAGAUUCUGACCAGUGGGUACAAAGCUACAAGCUUGCUUGUAGUACUGAUGGCACGACCUUUCACACCGUGCAGGGCAUCUCUACAAACCCUGGAGCUGACAGGAUCUUCACCGGUAAUUCUGACCGCAACACCAUCGUGACCAACACUCUGCCUGUACCCCAAUUUUGCCGCUAUAUUCGCUUGAUGCCUGUCAGCUGGUACGGCCAAAUCAGUCUUCGUAUGCAGAUCUUCCGCGAAGAUAUCAAUGAAUGUUCUCCCGAUCCUUGUGAGAAUGGAGGAAGGUGCAGUGAUGGAGUGGACAGCUUUACUUGUGCCUGCGCUCCUGGCUAUACUGGACCUACGUGCGGAACAGAUAACAACGAAUGUUCUCCCGAUCCUUGUGAGAAUGGAGGAAGGUGCAGUGAUGGAGUGGACAGCUUUACUUGUGCCUGCGCUCCUGGCUAUACUGGACCUACGUGCGGAACAGAUAUCAACGAAUGUUCUCCCGAUCCUUGUGAGAAUGGAGGAAGGUGCAGUGAUGGAGCGAACACCUUUACUUGUGCCUGCGCUCCCGGCUAUACUGGGCCUACGUGCGGAACUGAUAACAACGAAUGUUCUCCCGAUCCUUGUGAGAAUGGAGGAAGGUGCAGUGAUGGAGUGGACAGCUUUACUUGUGCCUGCGCUCCUGGCUAUACUGGACCUACGUGCGGAACAGAUAUCAACGAAUGUUCUCCCGAUCCUUGUGAGAAUGGAGGAAGGUGCAGUGAUGGAGUGGACAGCUUUACUUGUGCCUGCGCUCCUGGGUAUACUGGGUCUACGUGCGGAACAGAUAUCGACGAAUGUUCUCUCAAUCCUUGUGAGAAUGGAGGAACCUGCAGUGAUGGAGUGAACACCUUUACUUGUGCCUGCGCUCCUGGCUAUACUGGGCCUACGUGCGGAACUGAUAUCAACGAAUGUUCUCUCAAUCCUUGUGAGAAUGGAGGAACUUGCAGUGAUGGGGUGAACAUCUUUACUUGUGCCUGUGCUCCUGGCUAUACUGGGCCUACGUGCGUAACAGAUAUCAACGAAUGUUCUCCCGAUCCUUGUGAGAAUGGAGGAAGGUGCAGUGAUGGAGUGGACAGCUUUACUUGUGCCUGCGCUCCUGGCUAUACUGGGCCUACCUGCGGAACAGAUAUCGACGAAUGUUCUCCCAAUCCUUGUGAGAAUGGAGGAACUUGCAGUGAUGGAGUGAACACCUUUACUUGUGCCUGCGCUCCUGGCUAUACUGGGCCUACGUGCGGAACUGAUAUCGACGAAUGUUCUCCCAAUCCUUGUGAGAAUGGAGGAACUUGCAGUGAUGGAGUGAACACCUUUACUUGUGCCUGCGCUCCUGGCUAUACUGGGCCUACGUGCGUAACAGAUAUCAACGAAUGUUCUCCUGAUCCUUGUGAGAAUGGAGGAACUUGCAGUGAUGGAAUGAACACCUUUACUUGUGCCUGCGCCCCUGGAUAUACGGGGCCUACGUGCUUAACAGAUAUCAACGAUUGUUCUCCCGAUCCUUGUGAGAAUGGAGGAACUUGCAGUGAUGGAGCGAACACCUUUACUUGUGCCUGCGCCCCUGGCUAUACUGGGACAACGUGCGGAACAGAUAUCAACGAUUGUUCUCCCGAUCCUUGUGAGAAUGGAGGAACUUGCAGUGAUGGAGUGAACACCUUUACUUGUGCCUGCGCCCCUGGCUAUACUGGGACAACGUGCGGAACAGAUAUCAACGAAUGUUCUCCUGAUCCUUGUGAGAACGGAGGAACUUGCAGUGAUGGAAUGAACACCUUUACUUGUGCCUGCGCCCCUGGAUAUACUGGGCCUACGUGCUUAACAGAUAUCAACGAUUGUUCUCCCGAUCCUUGUGAGAAUGGAGGAACUUGCAGUGAUGGAGUGAACACCUUUACUUGUGCCUGCGCCCCUGGCUAUACUGGGACAACGUGCAGAACAGCCAUCUUGAAUGACCCUCGCCCUCUGGGCCUUGAGAGUUAUGUCAUUCCAGAUUCAAGUAUGACAGCUUCCAGUGAGGAAAGUGCUGACCAUGGUGCAAAGAGAGGUCGUCUUAACGUGAGGAAAGUCAAAACCCUGCGUGGAGCCUGGUCUGCACGAUCAAACAAUGCCAACCAGUGGAUCCAGGUGGAUCUUUUGGACCUUUACCGUAUCAAUUCAGUUGCGACUCAAGGGCGACAAGCUUAUAACCAGUGGGUAACAAGCUAUAAGCUUGCUUGUAGUACUGAUGGCACGACCUUUCACACCGUGCAGGGCAUCUCUAUAAACCCUGGAGCUGACAGGAUCUUCACCGGUAAUUCUGACCGCAACACCAUCGUGACCAACACUCUGCCUGUACCCCAAAUGUGCCGCUAUGUCCGCUUGAUGCCUGUCAGAUGGUUUGGUCACAUCAGUCUUCGUAUGGAGAUCUACGGUGAAGGCCCUAUCACAGAUAUCAACGAUUGUUCUCCCGAUCCUUGUGAGAAUGGAGGAACUUGCAUUGAUGGAGUGGACACCUUUACUUGUGCCUGCGCUCCUGGCUAUAUUGGGCCUACGUGCGGAACAGCUGCCCGUGUCACGUGUGACAGUUCUUCCAUGACGGUGUUUAUCAGCAAGACGCUAAAUAUUCUCCCCGCCGAUCUUCAUUUCAUCGACGAAUCGUGUGUUGGAUACAACCCCAAUGGGGAGAACAUCGCCCUCUACAGUCGAUAUGACAAAUGCAAAUUUACCACUGAGGAAAAUUCAGAUUUCAUCAUCUACUCCAAUGUGAUCUCUACAACAGUUACUGACAACACCCCUAACGGUAGUGUGAUCACCAGAGUCAUGGGGGAGACGCUGAUCAAUGUCCGGUGCCAGAUUCGUCGGCGUCAGGUAUUGAGUCGGUUCUACAACCCCAUCAGCAGCUCACUAAAAAUUGACGAAGUCGGUUACGGGAACUUCACCGUCGACUUCGAGCGGUAUACCGACGAGAACUUCAGGGAGCGCCACCCGAAUGAGGCGGCCCCGGUGCGAAUCCAAGACCGCUUGUUCUACGCGGUCAGCCUAACAUCCGUUUCUAAUUUGACCCUGUUUAUCGAUCACUGCUGGAGCACGCCCUCUUCGGAUCCGCUUGACACGAAGCAAUAUGAUCUAAUUAAAGACGGAUGUGCAUCUGACGACACCGUGCAGACCAUUUCGACCUUCGGACCCUCGUUUAAGCCGUUUACUUUCGACGCUUUCACCUUUAUCGGUGACUACUCACAGGUAUACGUCCAUUGCGAGGUAGUGGCGUGUAAUGAGGGCGACACCAACUCAAUCUGCGCACAGGGGUGCCUCGCCCCAGCCCUGCCUCUACCCGCAAGACUAAGGAGAAGCGUGGUUGGCAAGCCGGUUGGCACUAACUCCCAGCCGCGGAUUGUCUCGCAGAUAGUUGGGCCUUUCGUAAAAGGCUCUGAGAAACAAGGAGUGACUGCAAAGACUGGCUGGGCUUCGCCGUAUAUAUUCCUUGCUUCCCUCGCUGCGGGCGCCUGUCUCUUUAUCGGAAUGAUCGCCAUGUACGCAGUUAUGAAAGCCCGGAUGUAGACUCUCUAUCUAAAGCGUACGCGAAGAAAUUUUCAACGUUUGAUGAAUCCCAAGCAAUGCUUUUUUUUUUGUAAUGAGAAGAUUUGAGAAGAUUUAAAGGUCAGGGUAUUUGGUCCUUUGGUGUAGAUAGAGAGAAAUAUUCACGCCCCCUUUUAGAAGAUUAUACUUGCGUAUACGCGUAUAUCUGAGCACCGAAACAUAGAUAUCAGUUAUCAUUUGUUUGACAAGUACUAGGUUUUUGGUCAUUUUGAUAUCCCAAGGUUACCAAGUAAGGGGGAGUUAUGACAAGGAUCAUUCCUUACUUUUGUUUUGUUAAUCAGUAUGAUUUCGCCCAAUAAAUAAUUGAUGUGGACUUGAA